AUGAUGUUCCCCGGCCUCCUCGCGCCCCCCGCCGGGUACCCCAGCCUCCUGCGCCCCACGCCCACCUUAACGCUGCCCCAGUCCCUGCGGUCGGCAUUUUCCGGCCACUCGAGCUUCCUGGUGGAGGAUCUGAUCCGCAUCAGCAGACCCCCUGCCUACCUGCCCCGCAGCGCGCCCACGGCCAGCUUGUCACCCCCUAGGCAGGGGGCCCCGGCGGCUCUCACGGACACAGGGGCCUCGGACCUGGGCUCCCCCGGUCCCGGCAGCCGGCGGGGCGGAUCACCGCAGACCGCCGUCUCCCCUGCCAGCGAGCCCACGUUUCUGAAAUUUGGGGUGAAUGCCAUCCUCUCCUCAGCGCCCAGAACCGAAGCAUCUCCCGCCUUGCUCUCGAGCGUCCCUCCCAAGACCUUCGCUUUCCCCUACUUUGAAGGCUCCUUCCAGCCUUUCAUCAGAUCUUCGUAUUUCCCAGCGUCCUCAAGUGUCGUGCCUAUCCCGGGGACCUUCUCCUGGCCGCUGGCCGCCCGCGGCAAGCCUCGCCGGGGCAUGCUGCGUCGAGCCGUGUUCUCCGACGUGCAGCGCAAGGCGCUGGAGAAGAUGUUCCAGAAGCAGAAGUACAUCAGCAAGCCCGACCGCAAGAAGCUGGCGGCUAAAUUGGGCUUGAAAGACUCACAAGUGAAAAUCUGGUUCCAGAACCGACGCAUGAAGUGGAGGAACUCCAAGGAGCGCGAGCUCCUGUCUAGCGGGGGCUGCCGCGAGCAGACCCUUCCCACCAAACUCAAUCCGCACCCGGACCUCAGCGACGUGGGCCAGAAGGGCCCCGGGGAAAACGACGAGGAAGACGAGGGCCUGGGCAGCCCCCGCCACCGCCUGGCUUAUCAUGCAUCCCCCAACCCUCGGCACCCGCGGGAUUCGCGGCUCGAAGGGGCUUCGCCCGCGCAUUCGAGCAGCCCCGGCAAACCUUCGGACUUCUCCGACUCCGAGGAGGAUGAGGAGGGCGAGGAGGAGGAGAUCACGGUGUCUUAGAAGCGCCCCCGGCGCCUGGGGUACUGUUUCUAAGUGCUUUGAAAUUGAAGAGGUGGG